AUGGUCGACACGUCGCAUUCCAAAUCCGUCCGCGGCACCCUAUCAAACCCAAAGACCAAAGAAGCAAUCAAUUCCACCAAAUCCACCCCCGACCUAGGGGAUGCCACGAGUCUAAAACCCGCCAACGACGACAGAAAGUCUCUCCCAUCAAAUGAUUCCGCUCCACCAGCCGGUCAAGGGAAUGAUACACCGUCUGCCUCCUCAUCCUCAUCUUCAUCUUCAGAUUCUGCUCCCACAGUCUCAGACCCUUAUCGCAAAGCUGGUACAAGCGCUGGUGGCGGCGACAAAAAAGCCAUAGGCAAUGGCGGAAACGUAGAGGGUCGAAACAUGGAAGAUGGGAAGCAAGGAGGUAAGAAGAAUGAGGCAAAGGAGAAACUUCCGCAUAGCAAAAAAGUACGAGGUACACUAGCAAACGACGACGGGGCAAAGGUGAAUAAGACGCAACUCGGCGAUCCAGCGAGCUUGAAAGCGGAGACGAGCAAUACGAGGGACAUGGGGAGGCAGACGGAAAGGGAGGGGCAAGACAAGAGCGGGAAGAGUAAACUGUAG